UCUUAAUAACAAUAAAAGAAAAGAGAGGGUGCAGAAGUUGAGGGGAAGGCGCUGAUGUCUCUCUGCUCGGAGUGAGAGCCGCACGCAGCAGCCCCUUCCCAUCCCAGCACCGAGGACUGCCAGGCCACCAUCAUGCCCCACGCCAAGCUGUUGCUCCUCCUCGCCCUCCUCUGUGCCACAGAAACCAGCAGGGCCUUCCGCCUCUACAACGCUGCCUCCAUUUUCAGCUGCCUCAACGCGGCCAUCACCGAGGCCCAGAAGAGCCUCCCAGAGGAAAACACCGUCUUGGACAAGCGUGGCUAUGACUACCAUCCAGCAGAGGAAGCAUCCGAGGAGGAGGAGGAAGCAGAGGAAGAGAGAGGGAAAAGGACAUUCCCAGGGGAAGGCCAUUACAAAUACACCUCCCAGGCGCAGGUGAAGGGGAAGACCUACCAAAACCGUGCCAAAAGCGACCGCCGCACCAAGGUCACCCUGUCCCUCGACGUCCCCACCAACAUCAUGAAUAUCCUCUUCAACAUCGCCAAAGCCAAAAACUUGCGGGCGAAGGCUGCUGCCAAUGCACACCUCAUGGCCCAAAUUGGGCGGCGGAAGUGAUGCUCGCGGGGCAGGGGUUGACUUGGAGCAGGGAUGGCCACACGGGGCCAACACCCGGCCCCAACCUGCUGGUUGGAGAGGACUGACAGCCGUGUAUGAUAUCAGUGUUGUAUAUUUUUGACCCAUAGAGCUACCUAACUUUCAUAUCUCUUCUUCCUCCUGCUUUCCUUCCCAGUCUCCCCUAUUCCUUCUCCUGGACAUUUCCAUGUGUGGGGAAGAGGGUGGUGUCCUCAGCAGGGCAGGGGGACAUGUUGUUUUGGAAAGGUCCCUAU